GAAUAUAUGUAAUUUUAUUAUGUUAUAGAUUAUUGUUGAUUAACAUUUACUUUUAUUAAUGCAUAUUACUUCAGGUCAAAUAUUUUGAUCAUAUAGGCAGUCAUAGUCCCAUAGUAAUAAAUAGAAUUUUGAUUAAUCACAAUAUAGAAAAAUACAUUUUUAAAAAACUUGAUAGUUUGAUUUAAACAUUUUGACUGCCAUAGAGGAUCCAAAGAUUAUAAUAAUAUUUUACAAAAUAGUUAACAGAUACAGUGAGAUUUCUUUCUAUAAAUUAAGGCGAUAGAGGUUCACUUCUUGAGGUCUAGGAUUAGAAAUUUUAUGUAAUGGUCCAUAUUUGUAUUGUAUUUUAUUGCUAUUUUAAGAAAAAAUAGUUCUAAUGUAUGUUUUUCCCCCCCUUUCCUCUCAAACUAUGCCAGGUACUUCUAGCAUUGACACAACUUGUACUAUCUGGGGUUUGGAAACUGGCCAGGUGUUGGGAAGAGUGAAUUUAGUGUCUGGCCAUGUCAAGACUCAGUUGAUUGCCCAUGACAAAGAGGUUUAUGAUAUUGCAUUCAGCCGUGCCGGAGGUGGGAGAGACAUGUUUGCUUCUGUUGGUGCUGAUGGCUCAGUGAGGAUGUUUGACUUAAGGCACUUGGAACAUAGCACUAUUAUCUAUGAGGAUCCUCAGCAUCAUCCUUUGCUUCGCCUUUGCUGGAAUAAACAAGANUUAAUUUUUUAUAUUCCCUUGUUGUCUCAAAAUAAUGUGGCGGAUGACCAUCAAGCUCUCAUUUGGGAUAUUCAGCAAAUGCCUCGUGCCAUUGAGGACCCAAUCUUGGCUUACACAGCAGAAGGAGAAAUUAACAAUGUACAGUGGGCAUCAACCCAGCCGGACUGGAUAGCUAUCUGUUACAACAACUGUCUAGAAAUCCUGAGAGUGUAAAAAUAAUUAGGCUAUGGGAAAUAAUGAAGCAGGAUGGUAGUCUUUCAGUCUUCUAAAGUUAAGAACAAAGCUGCAUUGAAACAGUGUCACUAGCUCUUAUUAACUUCUUCCAGGAAGACUUACAACUGAAGUUAAUGAGUAUAUAUGAUGAACUUCUUACCCAUCGUUUCUCUCUCUUACCUUCCCCACUCCAUGCCAAUGACUCAAAAAUGCAGGGAUAUCCUUGGUGUUUUAGAUCGUCUCAGAUUUUAUCAACAUGUUCAAUUAAAGUUAUGUAUAUAUUAUGGCCAUUUGUGUUGAGCAUUUUUAUUGCAAUGGCACUGAAUGCCAAUUAAUAUUCUACCUGAAAUAAUUUGUUAUAGAUGCCUAAAAGUUAUUCAUUGUUAUACGCAUUAUAAUAGUACCUUUUAUUAAAUAUUAUAUUCUCUUUCUCUCCCUCCCUUUUUCCAGGCAAUUUCUUUGAUACAAGUUAUGAGGUAUCAUACUUAUUGGUUGUAAUGGCUUCUAUGCAACUGAGUUCUGCUUUUGUUAAAAUUGUUCUUUGCCUAUAAGCAAGGACUUGUCCUUUGUAGGACUUGUAGGACUCAUGCAAAAAUAUCUCAAAUUGAAGCUUUAAUUUAAUAUGCUACAUUAGAUAAUCAUCUAUAUGUUGUCACUUCUCUACAACUAAAGACUCUUCAAAAGUAAUCAAAGUAUAAACUGGGUAUUUGGAUGCAUACCUAGUAUCUGAUAGCAAAAGUGCAUCUAGUUUUAAUUGUAUAUGUGGGUGGCCCUUAUAACAUAUUAUUUACUAAAAUGUAGGAAACACUUCAGCAACUAAUGGUUUUUACUGUUCUAAUAGAUGAGCAUUUUCUUGAGAAGUUUUGCUUUAAACUUUCAACAGCAGUUUUUAUAUCGUUUUUCUUAGCAGUGAUACAAUUAUGCAAAACAAACAAAAAUCUUUCCAUAAGGCAGCAGAGCUUAUUAUAAACAUGCUAAAAUGUUGAGAAUAUAUGUUAAUAUGGGAUGGUGCUUUUUUCUGAAAACAUGAAAAAUGAUCAGAUACAUGCAAUUUACAGAACAAAAUGUUUAAGCAUUUCGUGUAUAUUAGAAUGUUGCUUCUUAUUCCCAUAUCAAGCUGUUUCGAUAUGUAUGGUAACUCUUCUCUGAUACACUAAAAUGAGUGUAUUUGUGAUUGAUUCUUUCUCCUUCACAAAAGAAUAACUUAUUUAGAUUUUAGAGAAGAGGUCAUUGUUUCAUAUCAGACAGCAUUUUUCCACAGUAACUUGAGGGAGGUAUGAAAAGAUCUUUUCAGAUUUAACUACCAAUCAUGUAUAUAGUAAGAUCAACUGUGACAAGACUAUUAAUUAUUUGUCUAAUAUGUGAGUAUAGUACAGCUGAGAGAAAAUAUAAUUGAUAUAUAAAUUCCUUUACUGAUACAUCAUGGGCAUAAGAUGUAUCUUAGACCAUGGGUGUACGAUGUAUCUAGUGAAGGAGCCAAAACAUGCAGAUCUAACAGGCAGUGUUGGAUGGUCAAGUGAUAAAUAUGGAUUUGUGAUAACUGUUUUACAAGGAACAAUGUUCUUAUUGUACUGGAUAUUAAAUAAUAUGGGCUUUUGUUUUUACUACCAAUUCUGAACUGUAACAUGUUAUGUACUCCCAGUGUGAUGAUUUCUUAAAGGUGUGAAAUUUGUAGCAUGACUAUAUAAAGUUCCAAACUUCUUGUUCUUUCAAUGAGCAAUAGCACUGAUUUAUGUUCCACUCCCAGGUGUUGCAUAUCUUUUCUAAAUAUUGUUAGGCAAAAUUGUUACUAAUUUUAUCUUUAUGUGGCAGACAAUGGUUAACAUUGCAAUAUUUUGAUUUUUAUGGAAAAAUACAUAAAAUGGAUUUUAUCUUGAUUUAGGACACCAAUUUCUGAAUUGUAUUGACAUUCUGUACAAAUUUUAAACAGUUUUUUAAAGGGUUUGAAGUAGAAUGCUGGAAUUUUUAAAUUGUCAAUAUUGCUUCCUCUGCAUAUUUUGGUUUGUUCCAUUCCUACUUCCUUAUGUGAAUUCUGCCUUUCUUACGUUUUAAUAAAAUGGAACAUUUCUAAAUUAUU